AUGAAUUUUCAAUUUUUUGUAUUUUUAAAAUUUUUCGCACUAAGUCUCACUACUGAGACACACCCACCAACAGCCUCAAAUCAUAUCCUUAAAACUCUUUUCUCUCCUUUUCGCUCUUCAUAUCAAAAGAUGGCUCCAAGACCAUCCCCAGGUCCACGUAAGUUGAAGGAAUGUCUUCCACUCUGUAUCAUCCUCAGAAACAGAUUAAAGUAUGCCUUGACCAGAAACGAAGUCACCAAGAUCGUUAUGCAAAGACUCGUCAAGAUCAACGGUGUCGUCAGAACUGAUGUCAACUUCCCAGUUGGUUUCAUGGAUGUCGUCUCGAUCGAGAAGACCAACGAGAACUUCCGUUUGUUGUUCGAUACCAAGGGUCGUUUCCAAUUGCAACGUAUCCAACCAAACGAAGCCAAGUUCAUCUUGACCAAGGUCACCAAGGUCGAGACUGGUCUCCAAGGUAUCCCAUACCUCCACACUGACAACGGUCACACCUACCGUUACCCAGAUCCAGCCAUCAAGAUCCACGAUACCGUCAAGAUCGAUUUGGAGACCAGCAAGAUCGUCUCAUUCGUUCCAUUCGAGCUCAACAACUUGUGUAUGAUCACCGGUGGUCACAAUUUGGGUCGUGUUGGUGUCAUCACCAACCGUGAGCGUCAUCUUGGUUCAUUCGAUAUCGUCCACGUCACUGACUCUGUUGGUCACUCUUUCGCCACUCGUCUUUCCAACGUUUUCAUCAUUGGUAAGGGUUCAACUACUUUCGUAUCCCUCCUCGCCGGUAAGGGUGUCAAGAAGUCACUCAUCGACGAGCGUAACGCCGCCCUCAAGAAGAAGGGAGAAAAGAUCGAAGUCGUUGCUUAA